CUGCUGGGCAACGUGUGCGGGACCAAAAAUACCUUGAUAGUUUUGUCUACUAAAGCAACGAAAACUGUUGUCAGAUUUGAAAAGAGUCCCAUAAACUUGAACUCAAUCGACUUACUCACAAGUUUCUCAUAAAAAUAUAACAAUUAAAUGCAGGAAACGCGUUUACAGUAAACCCUGAAGAGUUGCUGGAGAAGCUGUUUGAAAGGUCAAUUGAAUCAGCUCUAAUUGAAUGAUUUGCCCAAUUUGCUGCCUGCACAGCGCAGCAAAUUUUCCUGUCGGUCAUCAAUUUCUUCAGUGGUUACUUAAAGUCAAAUUAAAAGCGAACGGAAUGAACAGAGAUCUAAGGGCAAAAAUCGAAGCAUGCAAUCGCACAGCCGAGGAAUUUACGCGUUUGUACUACGCCUCUUUGGACAAUCGGCGCCAUCAAAUGGGUCGUUUGUAUAUAGAAAGUGCUAAAUUAACCUGGAAUGGCAACGGAGCACUGGGCCGUGAGCCCAUUGAAAAACAGUUCUUAGACUUGCCGCCGUCGCGUCAUCAGCUGACAACGCUGGACUCUCAGCCCAUCCUUGACCCGGCUGUGGGCGAUCAGAUCACGUAUAUGGUCUUGGGCAGCGGCACGGUCAAAUACGCUGAGCAUCCGACGUGCAUCUUUCAGCAAUCGUUUGUCAUAACCGUUGAGAAUGAUAAAUGGAAAAUCGCCUCGGAUUGUUAUCGCCUGCAGGAGCCAAUUAUUUAACAAUUUAAUAUACUAUACUGAUUCGAAAAUGUUAUCACUUGAUGUGCAACAAAUGCGAAUUCUAUUAUAAAAGCUAUUGCCAACAGUUGGGCAUGGCAACAGCGAA